AUACUCUGACGACAAACAGAAAUUGGAACUUCUGUUAUUGAUGACAGACGGAAACAAAUGGUCUAGCUAAGGCUUUGCAACACUAGUGACAGAGACCAUUAUUCCAGAUCGAGUUCGAGGAGGGAUAACAAAGAUAUCCACAGUAGUGGACAGAACAUAAGAAAGACUGUUGACAUCGUGUCAAGAGUCAGGAAAAAUAGUUCAGCAUGAGCCGGAACCCAUUCCGCAAAGGCAAAACUGUUGGCUUCUACGAAGUUAUGGCUACACCGUACACAGACGGGGGAGGAGCGAACAGUGACAGUGCAACGUACAGCAAAGGAAAUCCGAUGGAAAGCUACAAAGCACCUUCAAAGAUGGCAUCCGAUGGAUCACCGAGAAAUGUGGGAUUUACUUUGAAAGAUCAACACACUGAGAAGAAAAAGAAAUAUUUGACUGCAAAGUAUGGCCAACAUCAGAUGUUACUGAUAAAGAAGAGAUUGCGCGUGGAAAUGUGGAUUUUUGAUGAACUACGGAAACUUUACAACAGUGAGGAUGAUGACCACGAUUGCGAACUGGAAUUAGAAGAUCUGUUGAACCUGGAAACAGACAGUGAAAGAAAACAGUACGCUUUGGAACAGUUACAAGAUGCCAGGCAGUCUCAGGAUGAUGUGAACAGAUUUGUGGAGGAGUUGUUAAAGCAAGCCAAAACGUUAUAGCGUGUGCUGUUCCGCAUGGGAUUUGCCUCCUCUUUCCGUUGUACUGACAGCUACAUGUCUCAGCACUGUGCAGAGCGGAUGACUCCACUGAGGCACAGACAGACAGACAGACACCGCACCGCUCCAGGGCCCGUUGUGUCAUGAUGGGCUCAACUCUUUCACCGCUGUCUCCUGGAGGGUAGUGUGUGUGUGUGUGUGUGUGUGUGUGUGUGUGUGUGUGUGUGUGUGUGUGUGAGAGAGAGAGAGAGAGAGAGUUUGUGUGUGAUAAAGAGCAAGAGAGAGAGAGUAUAUUGACAAACAUGUCUGUAUAUGAAUGGUUUAAACUUCUGUUCUUUAGAAGUGAAGGUAUAAGUGCAUUUUGAACAUAUGAACAAUUGUUUGCAAUAGUGGAGGUUGAUGAUAGAAAGUUUGAGAUGUUGACUAAUGAUGUAUUUUAAGGUUUUUGGCUUCUACUGAAAUUGUGCACUAUAAGUUUGACUCUCCACACUUAAUACUUCCUGAAUACACUAGUAAAUAGCUUGAAGAGAAUACCAAUUUUGAGUUCAGGAAGAAGAGAGAAACGCUCAUUCUACAGUCAUGCAAUGCUGAUGUAGUGUGAAAUUUUUGUGCGAUGCUCUAUGUGCUGAAGUGCAAAGGAUUGUGUCUCUGAUUUUUUUUGGCUCUAGCUAGCUCAAAUGUGCAUUAACCCUGUAUAAUAAUUAUCCCAAGUUGUAAUGUUCAACUCUCAUGCAAGAGAAUGUCCAGACCGCUUCCUCAUUUUGAUAAUGUUUGCUCUCAUCUUCCAGAACAAGCACCUGCCCAACUGGGUACCAUAGCUACAAUGUUGAAUAUCAUUUUCUUAUAUCUGUAACUGGGUCUGAUAUUGAAUAGGAUGUGUUGUAAGCAUCUGCUUCAAAUCAUGAUAUGAUUGCGAAUUUGCACAGAAUAACCUUUCCCAAUUUUUUUUCUUCCUUUUUUCAGUUUUGUAACAAGUUUUAACAAUAGCUUGUUUUUGUAUUACAAAUGUUUGAAGGAGUUGCAGGUGUGAAAACUGCAGGAAGUGAACAUGCCACUUUCCCUAGCUGUGUUUUUGUGGAAAAGAAAAACUAAGCUCACGACAUGUCUUUGACUUGUUUUUCUUCCCCAUACCUCCCUCAAUUUUGUUUGUUUGUUUGUUCUGUCCUUUUACAGCGACAUUCUUUCCAAAUGAUAAUGUCUGUGCGCCAUUUAUCAAUCACAAUUCCUCACCUUCUUCCCUCACUUGAUACUUGAUUAUUGUUUCCAUCUCCAUUGCAAGGAAAUCUAUCUUCGUGGAAUUGGCUGAUGAUAUUAUUUUUAAAAAAUUGUAGCAUUACUUUCUGACAAAUUAAAUUAGAAGGGGUUUUUUUUUCCACCAAAAUGUGCUGUGUGUGAUGCUUGCAUGUAUUGUCAUGGUGUGCUAGGUAUAAGUCUGCUCUGCAUGGACUUGAUUCAAAGACUGCUGUAAAUGUGUGAAAGGAAGAAAAAUUAAAGAAACCUUAUAAUCAGGGAACCUUCAUUGAGGGUGUUCUACACUGAUCAUGGUUUAGAUUGACUUAAUUGCGUUUCCUAUUUGUUCCUCAAGUAAAUCUUGUCUUGUAAAAGAGUGUAUAUUUACUCAUGUGUGAGAAGUUAACCAGCAUUAUGCAUGUAUUGAUCUGUGUUUUAGAGCCUCUCCCCCCCGAAAAAGCCUCCAUCCCACUCACGUAUGUGUGCCUGCUGUAAUGUCUAGAGAGUGCUCCAGCAGUAAAGACUGUUUUGUGAUUAGUUACUGUAAGACCUUUAUACAAACUCAGAAUGACAUACCCACUCAAUUUCCAACUGCUUCCGCCUUUUUUUUGUUGUUGUAGGUUUUAAGUCUCUUGAUGGCGUCCUAAACUCUUCUGCUUUCUGUGGGCAUAUUUCUGUCUUGGAAGAGGACGUGUUGUUUCAGGACUCUACUAUAAUGGAGCAUUUCUUUACUUUCUACCCUACUGUGAGAAUGUAUUGUACAAGAAGACAAUGACAAGUACACCAUGUAUCUGUGAUCACAGCAUGUUCACAUAUUUGUCAGUUGUGAAAUGUUCUCUGUAUUCAGUUUUUCCUGUUUUAAGCUCCGUUCCCCUCACGUGUGAAUCAGCAUUAUCAGAACAACUGCUGUGUGAUCCUGACCUUUUCGUUUCCAUUUUGAAAGGUUAGGCACGUGUUUCAUUACUGUGACUAGUAGUGAGGCUGGCUAUUUUUUCAUAAAAGUAAUUUUUAUGAAUUUUUGUUAUUCCCUCUCCUCUUUUGAGAUAAGGAAAAAGUUCUGCUCAGUACUUAGUUUUGAGUGCAGUAUUGCCCUGUACUGUUUGUGGAUCUCAUUGUUUAAUGUUAGAUGGUUGGAAGUAAAUAAAGCAUAAGACAUGACCACACAUAUUUACGGAGGGACAAACCACUACAGGGCUUCUCUGGCUAUGCAACUACUGUUAUGUUGAAAAAGAGGAAAUUGACAAUGGGUCGAACUAUGAGUCCAACUAGCAGAGAAGCACUGUCGUCCCAAAGUAUCGUGGAUGUAUGUUAGUUCUUCAGAGAAGCACUGUCGUCCCAAAGUAUCGUGGAUGUAUGUUAGUUCUUGACAGCCACCUUUAGAUUUAGUCAUUUUUGGAGGGGAAAUAUAUUUUUGUUUUUCAAAACUGAAAUAUAGUAAGAGACAUCUUUGUUUGUUUGAGAUGGACAAAGUUCUCUCCUUAUGUUUGAUUAAAUAAAGGGGUGUCCGGAAUUAGUUGUGCCUUAUUGUCAGUAAUCAGGAACUAAAUUCAUUGUCAAGGAGUGCAUUUGAAAUGGGUUUUGUGCAUGUUGAGUCGAGGUUCCAGUCCUUGUAUAGAAAGCCAAGGCAUCGUCUAAUGUCCAGAGCUAGUCUUGUUUUUUGUGAUCUAUGCCAUGAUGUAACACUGUUUGUAGACUGAUUUCACUGGCCAUACGUUUGUAGUGAAGUAUGCAGAUUUAUUUGUGUAUGGUUAUCGUUUGUUCUGUGGGUAGUCAUGUACAUAUUUUUGUAUUAUUGAUGAUUUCCUGAGAGGUUGUUUUCUCUUUUUAGAUUUUUGUUUUGUUUGUCUGUUCACAGCUCAUUUUGAGAGAUUUUUUUUAAAGAUUGAGAUAGAUUAGCUGUUGCCAUAAUGUUAAAAUUGAAUUGAAGAGAGUAUUGAAGAGGGAAAGGGGUUUGUGUUUUGUUUGCACGAGCAUAUACGUACACCUGUGAUUGCAUUUCUACAUGUGUGUGUGACUGAUUUUUUUCACAUAUUGGUGUGGUGUGAAAAUGAUUGCUGAUGGCAAGAUCAAAGCUCUUCUUGAAUAUUUUUUAUGUGAACAGUCAUAGGGUAUAGGCGAUGUUUCUGCAACACUAAUUAUGUGUAGGUUCUUUGCCAAUAUUUUAUGUCUAUGUUGCUAUAAACAGAGUGGAUGGGAGCACUAUUUUAUUUUGUAAAUGUAUCAAGUUCGUUGCCUUAUUUUU